AUCGCAUCGCUGUAGAUCAUGCUGUCCAGCGCGCCGCACGCCCGCGGCUUCAUCCACAAACCCGCGCCGACCCAUCCACAACCCCGGUCCGAGGCUGUGAGGGUCACCGAUCUCUCUCGAGUGCUUCAGCUGCUGCAGGACCCGCUCUCGUCCUCACUAAAAGAAAGGCAGAUUUUUAUCUUGAAGAAGGUGGUAAAACAAUGCCAGCGUGGAUUUCUUUUGAGGGACCUCGCUGACAUAUGUAAGAUUAUGAAUGUUUGUGCUGAAAGAGUGUCCGAUCAUCCGGAAUAUGCCCGAAUCCUCUGUGAUUUACUGCAGAUAUGCAGUCUUCCCUUCCUGAAGGAGAAGUCGUCUGAUGAGAUGAGCUACGCCGCUGUGGUGACAGACUGUGUGUCUCAGAUGGGUUUUCUGAUGAGGAUCCCGCUGCCGGAGGUGCGGCGUCAGAUCUGCUCGACUGUGAUCGCCUUCUACAGCCGCGACAAACACAAACACCGCUCUGACGGCCUGGCUCCCGCUCGUCUGGACUACAGGGCUCUGAUGCUGGAGCGCAGUGGUGUUUCUGAGACGCUGGUGAUGUCUCUGGCUCUGAUGGAGGAGCAGCUUCCAGUCAAACUGUGUCUCCUGCAGACGCUGCAGAUCCUGUCCAGAGCAUCAGAAGUCAACUGUAACCUGAUGCUGAGAGCUCAGGCCGCGCAGAAGAUCUGCUUCCACAUGAGCGAAGGAGAUCCGUCCGGAGAGCUGCUCUUCAGAUCCUCCGAGAUCCUGUGGAACCUGCUGGAGAACGGCUCUCGACAGGAAGUGACCUCACAGCUCAGCAGCAGCGACUGCAUCGCAUCUCUGAAGGACGUGUUUCUCCAUCUGCUCCUGAAGGGUUUCCGUCAUCACGAGCGUCAGCUGAGGAACGACCUGCUGGUGCUGCUGUCUCUGAUCGCGGAGAAGCCCGGCGCUCCUCUGAUCGAGAGCGGCUUCCUCAAGCAUCUCACGCCGUUCCUCACGUUUCCCGAGCUGAAGAGCCACAAUCCUCUGGUGAGAAACCUCAAGCUGUCCUUCAGCAAGGAGGACUUUGAGAUGAAGAAGCUGCUGCUGAACAUGAUCGUGGUGCUGUCGAGAGAUCUGGCUGUGCUGCAGUUGUUCAGAGAGGGCCGUGUGAUGCUGGCUCUGAUGCUGCUGGUGAAGCCGAGCUCGUCUGCGGAGCGCAGCGGCAGACACAGACACAGAUGGAGCUCCAGACAGCAGGAGGAGCUGCAGCUGCAGGCUCUGUCCACACUGAGCGCUCUCGCUCCGCUGAUGCUGGACGAAUACAUGAGCUGUCAGGCCAACACCUGUCUGCUGCUGCUGCUGGACGGCUGCCUGCAGGACGACUCCUUCAGUGGGCGGGGUCAUGGUUUCCACGGCAGCGGCGGCGGGAGGAGGGCUCAGCUGCGCUACUGUGUGCGUGUGCUCAGAUCCGUGGCGUCUGCGCAGCACGAGCCGUUCCUGCAGGACCUGUGCGAUCAGGGUGCCAUCGGCCAGCUCUUGGGUGUGCUGCGCUGGUUCCUGGGGAGGCCGCAGGACGAGGACGCUGUGGCUCUGGAGAUCCAGACGGACUGUCUGUUCCUGCUGUCUGUGCUCUGUGAGGGAGACGUGCACAGGAAGGAGCUGUUCGGGACUGACGGGGUGGAGGUGCUGAUCCAGUAUCUGAGUCUGGACGCCGCGCUGGUCUCCAGCGGUCUGGGUCACAAUAAACUGCUGCUGUCCACCGUCGACUGUCUUUGGUCGUGUGUGCUGGGGUGUUUCGGUACGGAGGAUGUGUUCGUGGCCGGCGGCGGCGUGGAUCUGCUGCUGCAGCUGCUGCAGCGGAGCCCCAGACACAUGCUGACGCCGCUCGUGUCCGUGCUGCUGGAGCUGUGUGAGAGUCCCCAGGCCGUCACACACCUGCUGCGCUGGAGAGGAGAGAGAGACGCCAGCGCGCCGCAGCUGCUGCUGCACAUCUGGAGGAGAGAGGAGGAGCAGACGGGCGUCUCACGAGACCCACACGGCAUGAUCACAGACGUGAAGCGGCCGAUUGUCUCUCGGCAUCAGGAUGAAUCUUCAUCAUCAUCAUCAUCACGUGAUGUCAGUGCUGCUGUCAGAGACGUGUCAGAAAACCUGCGUGCAAACAUCUACUGCAUCUUCUGCAAACUGGGAUUUGAGCAUCUGUCGGGUUUGAGCGCCGAAGAUCACGUCACGCUCAGCAUCAUCCACCGAUACCUGGACUUCAAGCUGUGUGAGGUUGUGCAGGAGCUGUGGAGUGAGGCAGCAGCGGUCGUUCCGUCGGAUGAAGCGGUGCUGAAGAGUGUGCUGCAGGUCAGUGAAGCCACGGCCGAGAGCGUGCGCUCGCUGCAGCAAAGCAUUCUGGGCCAGCGGCAGCAGCAGGAGCUGCAGGAGGAGCAGCGGCUGUAUUCAGAGAUCCGCUUCACUCAUAAGCAGCGAGAGAUCGCAGCAGACGCCUGGAAGAGUUACGUGGCCAGAACCUCAAACUACAGCGUCCUGAAGGAGUUCAGGCGUCUUCGGGAGGAGCGGAGCACCAGCGAACACGACGCAGCAUCAGACGCCGAGACGAAUGAACCAGCGCCACUCACUGUAUAGAGAGAAUAUAGCCAACUGAAUGCAUUUAAUACCACAUAUAUGCACUGCUGUUCAAACGCUUGCCAUGGUUAAAGGGACAGUUCACCAGAAAAUGACAGAAUGUUCAUAUUUGGGUGAACUAUCCCUUUAACCAGCAUUAGCAUGCUAGCAAUCACUGCUGGACCAAUGAGCUAACACGGCGGAAAUGACGACUGGAUCUCAAGCAAAGCCAAAUAUGAACGCUGAAUGUUAGCAUUUGAAUAAUGGCUAAUAAAAUCAGAUGUCCGAGCC